AUGAUUAAUUCACAACGUAUCAUUCAUUUCAAUGUUCGAAUACGAUCACAACGAAAAUUUUUAAUUAUUCUACAAUUAAUUGCAAUGGGAAUGAAUAUACUCUACUUUAUUGCUGUUCACAUCGAAAUCACAAUUAAAUUGAAGACAAUCGAUGAAAAACUCAAAGAAGCAACGGCGAUUCUCGACGACAUUAUUGUAUCCUUGAUUAUUGAAUGUCUUGCGCUUUAUUUUCUAAUUAAAUUGGAUCGUCUUGGCAUACUUAUUUUUGCAUUGAUCGAAGUAACUUACUGGGUUCUGAUGGUUAUGACUAUGGUGUUCAUGAUUGUCGCUCACAUCACCAGUCAACCAGCAAUAAGUGCCAAUGAUCAAAAUACCAGUCAACCAGCUGUUGUAAGGAGUAUUGAUAUAGUUAUUAUAAUGCAUGGUUUGAUCACUCUGGUUGUGUCGAUUGUGAAAAUUAUCUUCAUGUUUAAAUUAGUCAAAUUGUUAAAAGAACACAAUGAACAAGAUAUACAACAGGAAUUUCCUUUAAUUUGA